UCUCAUUGAAAAUGAAGAAAACGUUAAGAGUUUUACUUGGCUUAGAUCUACCGCAAAAAGUUGCACUCUUUCUUUGACCCAUGACAAUUGACAACAUCUUCUACAAUCCAUCACCCAUAUAAAAGUAAAGCAAUUAUGUCUUUAUCUUCAACCAAGUGAGGAUAACAACCACCAAGUACAGAAACCCUAAUAAAGUCACAAGAUUGAUCAUCACCAAUGGGUAACAGUUUAGGAUGGAAAAAGACCACAAAAAUCAUGAAGAUAAACGGCGAUUUAUUCAAGCUGAAGACUCCGGUGCGAACCGGGACGGUAAUCAAGGACUACCCAGGUCAUGUUUUGUUGGAAUCAGAGGCUGUUAAGCAUUUUGGUAUUAGAGCAAAGCCAUUAGAGCUCCAUCAAGAGCUCAAGCCAAAAAGGCUCUACUUUCUAGUGGAGUUGCCAGUUUUUCCUGACGACAGAGGUACUAGAAGAGUCCGGUCCGGGAUUAACAUGACGGCCAAGGACCGGCUCGAGAGCCUGAUGCUGUCUAGGAGAUCGGCCUCGGACCUCGCCAUCAUGAAACCGGCGAGUUUAACGGUGGAGGAGUCGAGGGAAGGAGUGGAGUCCGGGACGGUGAGGGUGAAACUGAGGCUACCAAAGUCGGAGGUGGCUAGGUUGAUGAGGGAGAGCAAAGAUGAGGCCGAGGCAGGCGAGAAGAUUGUGAAUUUUUGUAUGGGUGACAAAACUGUGGCUAACGGUGUCAGUGUGGCGGCACCACCAGAGGAGGGCGGUGGGCUGCGGAGCUCGUUGUUGCAGCAACAAGUGCAUUGGAAGGGUGGUCAUGGAAGCGCCGGAGUUGGUUUCAAAGUGCGUGAGAAACGAGUGGGUUUUCUGCCGAUUAACAAUGGAGCGAUGCAAUUAGGCGCGGCCUCCUGACGCCAAAUGCAGCAGAAAAUGAUAGACGAUCAAAAUGCAUUCGAAUUCCCCUGAUUCUCAUGUUAUUGUUGUUUAUAACUGCAGAAACGAGUCGGUUUUCUGCCAAUUAACAAUGGAGAGAUGCGAUUAGCCGCGGCCUCCUGAUGCCAAAUGCAGCAGAAAACGAUAGAAGAUCCAUAGCCUCCCCCCUUUCACAAUUUCAUUCUACGCCUUGUAAUAGAAUUCUCAGCAACUAGUGUGUUUUUUGUGUUACUUUCUUGUAUAUGCAUGGAAGAACUGUGUGGUUUGAGAUGCUGAGAAACUUGCGGAUAUGUACAUGUACAGCAAGUACAAAGCAAUCUUCCCCCCAAAAAACUUCCUUAUACAUUCUUAUAUUAACCUCUUUCUCAGGCUAA